AUGGCAAGAGGUCGAAACCCUACGACGAUGAACCGGAGCGAUCGAUACCUAGGCAGCUACAGUUACGGGGACAGCCACGAUGCUUCCGUCACCGACGAAUUAGAGCUCGCCGAGGAAGACAUAUGGUCACCGGCCGUCAUUCACGACACCAUGACGGAAGAUUCCUAUGGCGCGUGGAAUAUACGCGCUACCUUGGGGGGAAACGGGCGCGUAGGAGGGCUGUCACUGGCUUUCGAGAGUUCCUCGGUUGCGCCGUCGUCAUCACCGAUGAUCGUGCAGCAGAUCCACGGAGGAGUAGGCGAAGGAGGAGAAACUCGGCGGAAGUUGGCGUCAUCGGCGCCGGUAAACGUGCCGGACUGGAGUAAGAUAUACCGCGUCAACUCGGUUGAGUCAAUACACGAGUUAGACAAUGACAGCGAGGACGAGGAGGAAUCGGAGAUGAUGCCGCCGCACGAGUACCUUGCGAAGAGUCAGGCACGACGGAGCAGGAAGACCGGAGGCGGAGGUAGCGGCGCGUCGGUGUUUGAAGGCGUCGGAAGGACUCUCAAAGGACGGGAACUAAGGCGCGUCCGCGACGCGAUUUGGAGCCAAACAGGAUUUUACGGCUAA